GUGGGUGAAUUACUGUACGAUCAUGAGUCAGCUGAAUGCAUCCGGUGCUCAUAAUCCGAGUUUUGAAUACUGGGAGAUGGACUCCAUCAGCCUUUGCCAAAGCGAGGCAUGGGAGCCUCAGCACAGCCUCAGUCUGAGCGAAGCUCGGCUGGACAUCCUGGGACGCAGAAUUAAAAAGGAGCCUCACUCAGUCAUAGAGAAGCUGAAGUCACAGAAAUGUUGUUCUGGGUCCCAGAUGAAGAGCUUCCUCCUCUCCCGCAUUCCUAUACUGUCCUGGCUGCCAAGUUACUCCCUGAAAGACAACGCCAUUGGAGACAUCAUCGCAGGGAUCAGCGUGGGCAUCAUGCAUCUGCCACAGGGUAUGGCUAAUGCUAUGCUAGCUGCUGUGCCUCCAGUGUUUGGGUUGUACACCUCCUUCUACCCCAUCCUGAUAUAUGUGAUAUUUGGUACAUCCAGGCAGAUUUCAGUGGGUACAUUUGCCAUUCUUGCCAUCAUGGUGGGAACAGUGACAGGUGAUAUGGAGUUGCCAAGCAACCGGGGGAACAGGAGUGACAGCGACGUUGACAUGGCCAAAGUGGCAGUGGCUUCCCAUCUCACCAUAAUGUGUGGACUCAUACAGAUAGUGCUGUGUCUGUUGCGUUGCGGAGGUGUGUGUCGGUGGCUCUCUCGGCCACUAGUAGGGGGCUACACCGUGGCAGCUGCCGUCCAUGUAGCCAUAUACCAGAUACCACUAAUGACUGGCAUCGACACACAAAGACGCACUGGGGUCUUCGCCAUCUUCUGGAUGUUGGGAGAUGUUCUGUCUACGUUGGACAAGUCCUCGGCCGGAACGCUAAUUGUCUCCGCAGUUUCCAUGGUAACCCUGGUCGGGGGAAAGGUGCUGAACAACUGCUUCAGGAAACAGCUCCCCAUGCCUGUGCCCUGGGAACUUGUACUGGUCGUUUUGGCCACUCUCUUGUCUUGGCAGCUUGAUCUGUCUGUGGACCACAGAGUUCCAGUGGUGGGCACAGUACCUACUGGUCUGUCUCCUCCCUCUCUCCCACCUCUGUCCUCCUUCUCUAAGGACCUGCUGGUCCCGGCGUUUGCGUUGGCCGUGGUCAGCUUUGGCUUCACGGCUUCUCUGGGAACCAUGUUUGCGCUCAAGCACGGCUACACCAUAGACAGCAACCAGGAACUGCUGGCAAUGGGCUUGUGUAAUUCCAUAGGGGGCAUGUUCCAGUGCUUUGUGGUCAGCACGUCCAUGUCUCGCAGUAUGGUGCAAGACAGCAUUGGGGGCAAGACUCAGAUGUCUUCUCUGAUUUCUGCCCUGUUGAUGCUGGUCUUUCUGCUGAAGAUCGGGGCCCUAUUUGAACAGCUGCCCAAGGCAGUCUUGGCUGUUAUUAUUCUGGUGAAUCUGCAGGGCAUAUUUAUGCAAGUCAGGGAGGUGCCUAAACUUUGGACUACUGACCGCAUAGACCUGUGUGUAUGGGUGGUGACUGCUCUGUGUGCAUUGGCCUUUAACCUGGAUGUGGGUCUGGGUGUAGCGCUGAUGUUCAGUCUUGUUACAGUUGUCUUCAGGACACAGAACUCUCAAUUUUCCGUGCUCGGGGUCAUUCCAGGGACAGACUGCUAUAGAGACCUGAAACUGUUCUCAGAGGCAAGGCAGAUUCCUGGGGUUACAAUAUUCUCCUUCUGCAACCCUAUCUACUAUGCUAAUAGUGAUCCCUACUUCAGCUCCCUCAAACAGGUCAUCCAGAGGGGCCUUGAGGAGAACCCCUGUCCCAGUUCUGAGGGCCCCAGGGCGGGUUACCAGGCAACAGAGGGGCCCCGCCACUGUGUCAUCCUAGAGUUCAGUGGGGUCAACUUCAUGGACUCAGUGGCAGUUAACAAACUCAGAACGAUGCUGAAGGAAAGUGAAGAGCAGGCCGUCCCUGUGCUACUAGCAGCCUGUCCAGAUGGCCUCCUCUCCCAGCUCCAGAGUCAGGGUCUUGUGUCCACGUGUGUUUCCCGCUCCCCUCUCUUCCCCUCCGUCCACCACGCUGUGCAACACUGCCAACACACGCUACUGCUCCCACCGGUGACUGCCAGUCAGUUCUAAUGGUGGGCCUGUCCCUCACAUGUCUGUCCCCAUCACAAGAUGACAUUUGAUGGUCACCCGUUUGCCAUGCACUUGCCACUUGCUAUUCCACAUUUCUGUUCUUGCUCUGUAGCCAACAUGUUUAGUGGAACAGACUGUGGAUCAGUCUGUUUGUCUGUUUUAUCUGUCUGCGUAGCGUUCUUUUUUCUAUUUGCAUCUGAUUCUGAGCCUGUCUGAGAAGCCAUCUGGAUUUCGGCUUUUGAUUUUAUCCCUCACAGAUGUGACUACAUGGACAAUGUAAUGGGUGUGUAAUGUUUGAGUGAUUGUGUAGUGUGCCUGCCUGCGUGCCUGCCUGCCUGCGUGCGUGCCUGCGUGCCUGCGACCGCGUGCGUGGUGUGUGUUGUCAUUUUUAAUUGCUUGUGAGCAUAGCGUCUGAGUUCUAAUGUCAUCAUUACAUUUUGUUUUUACUCUGUCUUUUUAAAUAAGCAUUACAUCAUUGUUUCCAUGGUAACUAAACAAUUACCUCCUUGUGUGCAUUUUUAAUCAUUUUUUAAGUACUGUGUGUGAGUGAAUUAAAUUCUUGUGAUAUUUUUUUGUUUUUAUACCAAACAAA